GGGCGCGAGCUCGGGGCUCGCGGGCGGAGCAGGGCGCGGCGCAGCGCGGGGCUGCGGAACCGGCCGCAUGCCCGCUCCCGAGCUCGUCGCGCCGCCGGGGCCGCUGCGGGCCAAGGGAGAGCCUCGCGCCCGCGCCGCGACCUGGAGAAGCGGCGGAUGGUGGAAGGGAAAGUGGCCCGUCGCUGGCGGGCACCGCUCAGGGGAGCUUUUGUUUAGGAAAGAAUGCUGAGGGCUCGCUGCACCCGGCGGCUCACAGGCUGCGAAAUGCGAGUGUGGGUUCCCCACGCGCGGACUGCGCCCCACGUCUUGCGCGGGGCCCCGGAUUCCCCACUCCCAAGUUGUGCGGUCGCAACAGGGAAGUGGUGUGGCCGCCAUUGUCGCAGCUGCUCCGGAAUAAGGAGGCGGCUGCGGCUGCUUAUAUCUGGCUUGCCCCUGAUCAGACUUACUCUGAUCUGAAGAUUUUGGUGUUUAAGGCAUUUAAAAAAUAGCCUGAAUUGUUCAUGGAGUUUUUCAUCAGUAUGUCUGAAACCAUAAAAUACAAUGACGAUGAUCAUAAAACGCUGUUUCUGAAAACGCUGAACGAACAGCGCCUAGAAGGAGAAUUCUGUGACAUCGCCAUCGUGGUUGAAGAUGUAAAGUUCAGAGCACACCGGUGUGUUCUAGCGGCUUGCAGCACAUACUUUAAAAAGCUCUUCAAGAAGCUGGAAGUCGAUAGCUCUUCAGUCAUAGAGAUAGAUUUCCUCCGUUCCGACAUAUUUGAAGAGGUACUGAACUACAUGUACACAGCAAAGAUUUCCGUGAAAAAGGAGGAUGUCAACUUGAUGAUGUCGUCCGGUCAGAUUCUCGGUAUCCGGUUUUUAGAUAAACUGUGUUCUCAGAAGCGUGAUGUGUCUAGCCCGGAUGAAAGUAAUGGCCAGUCAAAGAGCAAGUAUUGCCUCAAACUAAACCGCCCCAUGGGAGACACUGCUGAUGCUCAGGACGAUGAUGUGGAAGAAAUCGGGGACCAGGAUGACAGCCCUUCUGAUGACACAGUAGAAGGCACUCCCCCGAGUCAGGAGGACGGCAAAUCUCCUACGACCACUCUCAGGGUUCAGGAAGCGAUUUUGAAAGAGCUGGGGAGCGAGGAAGUUCGAAAAGUGAACUGCUACGGCCAGGAAGUAGAAUCCAUGGAGACUCCCGAGUCCAAAGAUCUGGGGUCUCAGACCCCUCAAGCCUUAACCUUUAAUGAUGGGAUGAGCGAAGUAAAAGAUGAACAGACUCCGGGCUGGACGACGGCAGCCAGCGACAUGAAGUUUGAGUAUUUGCUUUACGGUCACCAUCGGGAGCAGAUCGCCUGCCAAGCGUGCGGGAAGACGUUUUCUGAUGAAGGCAGAUUGAGGAAGCAUGAAAAGCUCCACACAGCAGACAGGCCGUUUGUCUGUGAGAUGUGUACAAAAGGUUUCACCACCCAGGCCCACCUGAAAGAACACCUAAAAAUCCACACAGGGUAUAAACCCUACAGCUGUGAGGUUUGCGGGAAGUCGUUCAUCCGCGCUCCAGACCUGAAGAAGCACGAGAGGGUUCACAGCAACGAAAGACCUUUCGCGUGUCACAUGUGUGACAAAGCCUUCAAACACAAGUCUCACCUCAAGGACCACGAGAGAAGGCACAGAGGGGAGAAGCCUUUUGUGUGCGGCUCCUGCACCAAGGCCUUUGCCAAGGCCUCAGAUCUGAAGAGGCAUGAGAACAAUAUGCACAGUGAAAGGAAACAGGUCACCCCCAGUGCCAUCCAGAGUGAGACGGAACAGUUGCAGGCCGCAGCGAUGGCUGCCGAGGCCGAGCAGCAGCUGGAGACGAUCGCCUGUAGCUAGAGGUGAUGGGUCAGGAACACUGGGCCUGGGAGGUGGAUGCUGAGGUUGCGUUGACUGUAGUCAGCGAACACCUUUGACCGCUUUGUGGCAAGUGACUGCAUUGUGCUGGCUGGACCUAAGGCAGUGCUCACUCCAGUUGGGUAAUUCUCAAAUUUCUCCAGGCAGUUGCGUUCCUAUGUUCUGACCAAACAGUUUGGUUUUUUUAUCUCUUUUUGUGUGUGUGUAUGAUGUUUAGUAUUCAAAUUCCCAAUAAGCUCCCUUACCCUUCUUUAUGGUUUUACUUUGAAAUCUCCUUUGUCUAGUUUAAAAUGAAUGGCUUCUAUUUCAUUCUUAAUCCCUCAACUCUUGCCAAGCUGGUGAGUGCACUGCACAGAGUCAUUGAAUAAAUUGAUUUCCUAAUCAUCCCGGUAUAUGUGACUUACAGUCAAAACAGCAGUCUUAGUAACUGGAAACAAGACCUUUCUAUCGAUGCAGAAAACGUUGGCACGUGCUGACCCAGAACACUGCAGAAGUACAAAACCAAAUUUGGAGAAAUGGAAUGGUGUUAGUUUUGUAUUUGGUUUGUGAUUUUUAUAUCUCUCUAUCAUUGUUUUUCACUGUUCCUGUGGACAAAUAAUGGUUGCUUUGCUGAAGUGUUCUUCCUCCAUUGUAAUGGCCCCUGUACCCACCCCAAAUGCUGCAGGUCACGUUUACCUCAGGGUGACUGAGACUACCAGGAUGCUGGUGGUGUCGGGACCCGGUUCCUCUUCUGUCCAGUGUGGCCAUUCUGUCUGUGUGUCCGUGCAGUGGAUCAGCAUGGACAGGAGGAGAAGUGUCUGAGACAAGGUUUUCACAAAUACAAAAAACCCUAAGGUUUCCCAGGUCUUGAAAUUAUGACUGAUUUCAGAAUUGGUUUUGUAUUUAAGAUCAAAAUUAGGACAAGAAACAGAAACAUUUCUUCAAAUACGUUUUUGUAGUUGAUAUCAUCAAGCUUUGGGGGUCUCUGCAUCUCUGCAGCACUCAGUUUCCCAUCAAGCUUUGGGGUCUCUGCAUCUCUGCAGCAUUCAGUUCCCCAUGAGGAAGAUGCUUUCUGAAAUAAACCUGAGGUCUUUUACGUGUGUAAAUAGUAGUGUUGGUCUUAUGUAUUUCAAGAUAAAAGGGCAGCUGCAUUUAUUUUCUUUUUUUCUUUUUUCAACAGUGGAUUAAAGUACCUUUCAUUGACAACAAAUAUCAGACUCCUUUAACCAACAUUAAAGACUGUCAGACCAAAUGUUUACGUUUUCCAAAUAUGUUUUAUCACUGGUUGCAGUUUCCAGUAGAAGCUGAUUGCCCUGUCAUAGCCAUAAAUCAGAAUUAUGAACUUUGUUUCAGAUCGGGUGUACUAAAUGCUCUUUUGACUAUUUCCUUAGGAAUGUAUUAAAAUGCCAACAGAGUUUGAAUUAUGUUCUGUAAGAAAGUGUAGACAAUUGUUUUAGGGUGUGUACAGUUGUAGAAGGUGCCAACUUUAAAAGUUCACGUUUGGUUCUUAAGGUUUUCUUUUUUAAAAAAAAUGCAUUAAAAUAAUUUCAUUACAUAGCCAGCCUAUUAUACUAACAUCUGUUAUUACUGUUGUGAGAAAAUUUUUAUUUUCAAAACCGGUGUAUAUGUUAUGCCCGAGAUUGUCGGAUGGAGAGGAGGCUACCUUUAAAUUUUUUUAAUUUAUUGUUGAAAUGUUACAGCUUAAAUUAAUUUUUCUGAGCGGUUUGUUCUGUUUUGAAGGCAAUCCCAUCAGUUCGUCUGUGCUGUUAGUAGGAGGACCGGCCGGACUGGUGAUCCUAGGCUGUGUUAACCAAAGCAAAUGUGAAAUCAGCUGGCAUCCUGUUGAUAGCUACUUCAACAAACCAUAUUUUGGGCCUUUGUUUUUUGUAUAUAAAGAUAAAUGAUACACUCCUC